AUGACGAACACCGACGAGAGUCUCUAUAUUGGCUGCAAGCCCUAUAUGCAUGGUGUCGCGACCUCAUAUGGAUAUGUGCCAUCAAAAGGAGCAGGCCUUGCAUUCUGCAUACUCUUUGGUCUAUUGAUGGUCGCGCAUAUCGUUCAAUUCUGCUGGAAAAGGACAUGGGUAUAUGUUGUUUUCGCCAUCGGGUGCUUGGUGGAAUUGAUCGGAUGGGGUGGCCGUGCCUGGUCUGCCGAAUGCCCUUACAACUCAACCGCGUUUCUUAUGCAGAUUUCAACUUUAAUCAUCGCCCCAACAUUCUUCACAGCCGGCAUCUACGUCCUCCUCGGCAGACUAAUCCAGCUUUAUGGUCGCGAGAGCUCUGUGUUAUCACCAAAGCUCUAUCUCUGGAUCUUCUGCACAUGCGACGUCAUUUCACUGUUCGUCCAAGCCGCAGGCGGUGGCAUAGCCUCGUCCGUGUCUAACAAUAAGAGCGAGAGCGACCUAGGGACAAACAUCAUGGUCGCCGGUAUUGUAUUCCAGCUAUUCUCAAUCACCAUCUUCGUCGUUUGCGCUAUUGACGUCUUCCGCCGUGUUAAGCGUCUUGGAUUGCUCGGUUUGGCGACCAAAGGCCGGCUCCGCCCUCUUAUCGGGGCCAUGGUACUUUCCAUUGUUUGCAUCUAUAUUCGAAGCCUUUACCGGACCGUUGAAUUGUCGCAAGGCUGGACAGGGUAUUUAAUCACCCACCAGUCGUACUUUAUUGGACUGGAUGGUGUUAUGAUGGUCAUUGCUGUUGGCGUGUUUAAUAUUUGUCACCCUGGGUGGAUGCUGCCUUCCGAGAUUGAUUUUUCAUUGCCGAAACACGGGUUGUCCAAGUCCGAGUCGUCCGCGUCUGGGACGCUGAACUUGAAACCUAUGGCAGGCAACACUGGUUAUGGGAACCGCUUCUGA